UCGAAAUUGAUUGUUUUCCUCACUCUUUCUCUUCAUCUUCCACUUUCAUUCUUAUCAAAUUAUCCCAAUCGAACUCCAAAUUCAGAUUCCGAUGAGUUUCUUCCAUAGGCAGUGCUUUGAUUUCGUGUUGAACCGAGUCAAAGCGAUCCGAGUUGAGUUCGUAACUCAGCCGGCAGACUCGAUUACCUUGUUUUCCCAGCGCUCAAUCUUCAGGUGAAUCGAUCUUAACUGAAGAAGAAGAAAUUGAAGAUGAAGAAGAAGAAGUAGUUAAGGGCAGUUAGGUAAGUAUACAUGGUGACCUAGCUUGGAUUUGAUUCUACUUUGCUCCAAAUUGUGGCGAAGUUGGUUAGUUACAGUGUUCCAAACUCCAGCCUCCAAAUGGCCAAAGUCACCACCGCUUACUAUUUCCUCAAACCACUUCACUCUCUCUCCUUUUUCAGAUUCACUUCUUCACUAGCAACCGAACUUGCCUCAUUAAUCGAACAAAACUCUUCUCCUGCCAAAACCAUUAACCCUAAACUCCAAACUCGUAUGCAACUCAAACGCUUCCUCGAGCUCCGAAUCAAAAAACGCGUCAAAUCACAACUCUCUCACCACGACGGUAAAUUCCACAACUUAAUCCAAAACGUCGUUUCAAAUCCCCAAACCCUCCUUGAUGCUUACAACAUCAUCAAAAUCAACUCCAACAUCCUAACCGUUUCCGCCGAAGAUAACGGAGACGGUUAUUUCCUCAAUGACGUGGCACAACGUCUUAACGAAGGUAGUUUUGAUGUGAAUGCGAAUACUCAUUCCAUCUCGACGAGAAAGAAGAAGAAGAACAGAAGAGGAUUUGAUGAGAAGGAGGAGGAGGAAUUGUUGAUGUUGGAUUUGGUGCUUCCUAAUUUGAAGCUGAGAGUUGUUCAGGAAGCGUUGAGGAUUGUUUUAGAAGUGAUUUUCAAGCCAAAUUUCUCAAAGAUUUCGCACGGUUGUCGGAGUGGAAGAGGAUGCGUGGCGGCGUUGAAGUAUAUUUGUAAAGGUGUGGUGAGUCCUGAUUGGUGGUUUACUUUGCUUGUGGAGAAGAAAAUUGAUAGAUUAUUGAUGGAGAAGUUGGUUUGUGUAAUGGAGGAUAAGAUUGAGGAUGGUUGUUUGUUUGGUUUGAUUAGGAGUAUGUUUGAUGCUAGGGUUUUGAAUUUUGAGUUUGGUGGUUUUCCUAAGGGAGAUGGUUUGCCUCAAGAAGGGAUUUUGUCUCCGACUUUGAUGAAUAUUUAUCUUGAUUUGUUUGAUAGUGAGUUUCAUAGAUUGUUGAUGAAAUACGAAGGUGUGUGCGGCGGUGGAGAGGUUGUUGAUGGUGAUAAGCCGAGCUCUGCAUUGCGCAGUUGGUUUAGGAGACAGUUGGCUGGUAGUAGUAAUGGUGGUGUUGGUGGUGUUGAGAGUUCUGGUGUUAAAGUUUAUUGUCUUAGGUUUAUGGAUGAGAUUUUUUUCGCGGUUUCUGGUUCUAGGGAUUGUGCUGUUAGUUUUAAGUCUGUGAUUGAGAAUUAUUUGAAAGAGUCUUUGAUGUUGGAUGUUGGGGAUCGGACCAAUGUGUUGCCUUGUGUAGGGGCUGGUAGCGGUGUUCGGUUUUUGGGGAGCUUGGUAAAGAGGAAUGUUGAAGACAGUCCUGCUGUGAAAGCGGUUCACAAGAUGAAAGAUAAAGUUGAAAUGUUUGCCUUGCAGAAGCUUGAGGUUUGGAAUUAUGGGACGGCUAGAAUAGGGAAGAAAUGGUUGGGUCAUGGUUUGAAGAAAGUGAAAGAAUCAGAGAUCAAACAUUUAGCUGAUAGUAGCUCGCUUCUUAGUCAGGUUUCGCAUUUCCGAAAGUCCGGGAUGGAAACUGAUCAUUGGUAUAAGCAGUUGUUGAAGAUAUGGAUGCAGGAUGUUGGAGUGAAAAAUGCCAAAAGUGAAGAAAAUGUCUUGUCUAAGUUUGUUGGAGAGCCGGCUCUUCCGCAAGAGCUAACAGAUUCUUUUUACGAGUUUAUGAAACAGACAGAGAAGUAUAUAUCUACUGAGGCUGAUUCUAUUCUCAAACUUUUUCCGAAUAAUAACAGCUUGACAGAACAGGUGAUAGCUAAAACUGAGAUCAUUGCUCCUGUCUAUGCCAUAAAAAAGCGUCUCGAGAGGUAUGGAUUGACUACACCAGAUGGUUUUGCACGAUCUGCUAAUUUGCUUGUCAUGCACGAUACUAGUGAAAUUAUUGACUGGUUUUCGGGGAUUGCUUGCCGCUGGCAAAAAUGGUACGAGAACUGUGCUAACUUUAAUGAGAUAAAGCUUUUGAUAUCUGAUCAAGUUAGGAAAUCAUGCAUUCGUACUUUAGCAACAAAGUAUCGGAUACAUGAAAUGGAGAUAGAAAAACGGUUUGAUGAAGAACUUAGCAGGCUUCCACCAACACAGGACGCAGAGAAGGAGACAGUGAAUGAAGACUUGGGUGUUGAAGUUUUUGACAACGACGAGGCGUUAAUGUACGGAAUCACGUAUAGUGGUUUGUGUUUGUUGUCUCUGGCAAGAAUUGUGACUGAAGCAAGACCAUGUAAUUGUUUUGUAAUAGGGUGCAUAGCUUCAGCACCAAGAGUCUAUACUCUUCAUGUAAUGGAAAGACAAAAGUCUCCAAGCUGGAAAACUGGGUUUUCGACUUGCAUUCAUCCAAGCUUAAAUAAACGGCGAUUAGGGUUGUGUAAGCAGCAUUUGAGGGAUUUGUAUCUUGGUCAUAUAUCACUUCAGUCCAUUGACUUUGGUGCAUGGAAGUGAUUGUCUUCAGUUUUAUGAUCAGAAACUAUAUCAAGAUGUUUGGUUUGAACUUUGGUCAUCAUGUAUUGCUUCAUUUCAUCGAAGAUGAAGGUUCUAUUGGAAGCGAGUUGCAUUUCAGAGACGGGAUUCUGUACUUACUACUUGUUGGCCUAUUUUAUAAAGGUUUGUGAUUUUGGGCUUUCCCGCUUAAAGGCCAAUACAUUUCUCUCUUCCAAGUCAGCUGCUGGGACU